AGUUAGUAGACUAAUAUUUUCUUUUUAUAACCUAACAACCACAACAGAUUGUGUCGACGCCUUCAACAUGUUGCCCCUGGCCUAUAACAUGCCAUACGAACAAUGUUAAAAAACCAGGUUUUAUACUAUAAUAACCAGCAAAAAAACACAUUAACUAUUCUUCUUAUUGCCCCCAAACAAACAUGUACUUUUUAUUUAUGUUUAAAAAGAAUGUUACCUACAUUCAUGUUGAUCUACUGAGUUUGCCAUAAGAUACAUGCAUGUCUGUUUGAUUCCAAAACAGAAUUUGAAAUAAAAUGUUCUGUAACUCUACUAUAUUUUUGCAUUGAAUAAUGAAAUAAAAAUGAAUUCAUUAAUUUAUUUUCCGUUUUAAAAUAGAAUAUAGUUGUAAUAAAGCUCAAAACUGUAUAAAGAUAUUAUAUUUUGAAAGAAAAAUGGAAUUAAUAUAUUGGAGAUGUGCAUCAACUAUUUUACAAAAGAAUCAUUUGCUUGGGAGAAAACAGAUUUGUAUUUUGAAUCAUUUGUCAGGGCUUUUUUUUAUGUGACAUCAACAUGUAUUCUCCCUCUUUUCCUGAUCAAAGUAAUAAAUAUGCAUUGCACGACGUGUUUAAUGCUCUGAAAUAAACAUCUUGCAUCAUUUGAAGGCCAUAUCAUUAUAAAUAUAUCACUAUCAUGUAUGCAAGAUUUUUGACAAUCUAUAAAUACUAUCAGAAUACAACAAGCUUGGAAUUAACAUUAAGUCGCUUGUUUAAGGCUCUGAAAUAAAAAAGAAUAACUUCAUAUGCGAACAAAUCACUAUAUCUUCAGUGGGUCAUUUUUUGUCUUGAUAAUUUCGAUACAACCAUCUCAAGAUAUAUGUACUCCGGUAUUUUGAAGGAUGAGUUCGGUGGAUGGUACAUGGCGCUAUCCACCACCGCUAGAUUGGUAGUUUAUAUAACGUUUUUGGGUACAAUUACACUCUCAUAGUUUUCUUUCUCUUUGGAACAACUCUCUCAUAGUUGUAAACAAUAUAUUCUAUCAUAUUCGACGUAAAGCUAUUAAUACAUUUUCUUUUGUUAUUGUGUUCUCAGGGACUAUAAUGUUCCUUAUAUUUUUGAUAUUGAAAUCUCUGAACGAUUGUGACACGGAAGAUGAUGACAUGGAGAGUUUACCAUUGGUAGCAGGACAAGAAGUAGUCACCAUCUGGACGCCGUUGGUCUACGAGCCGUCGGGGGUAACGGGGAACAAAGAUUUUGCAACGGCGUCGUUUAGCUCCGCGGAGGAUGUGGACUACUCGACAUUGUGUGUAAUAUGUUUCGAGGAACGGAGAAACUGUUUUUUCGUACCGUGCGGUCACUCUGCCACUUGUAAGGGAUGUGCGCUGAGGAUCAUGUCGGAAGAAAAUAAGGUGUGUCCGAUUUGCCGGAGGGUAAUACGCAAAUCUAAGAGAUUACCGCUGAAUCUUUGAACGUUGUUGCUAUUUCCAAGCCACCAUUUUUGUCUCAUGAUCACAAGAAAAGUUUUCAAUCAUCAUGUGUGCUCAUCAUUCACAACAUUUGUUUAGAGAAAUGAUAUGCCCAUGAGAGUUUACAUAUCAAUAAAGAAGAAGCAGAGGACAGAAGAGGGAGUGAAGAAUUGAUGAUGAUCUGGCAAUUUGGAUGAGUUUUAGCCAAUAAUAAUAUAUUGAGUCGGCUGUAAAGGAGCCUUGAGAUAUAAAAGGAACUUGUGAGUUAGUUAGGGAGGUUAUUCAUUUGGAGUGUAUGAUAGUGGCUUGAUUCUCUGGGUGUAGAGAUUCAAGAGUGGUGGUCUUCAAGCUUAUACGCUUGGGCUUGUGUUCGUGGUUUGCUAUCAAUACGAUUGGAGUGUUCUUAUCAAGGAACCAUUUGCAAUAGUAUAUAGAAUGACAGUAUUAAACCAUUUAGAUGAGAAUAUUAUAUCAUUCUUUCAGAUAACUACAUCUUGCAUCAUUUGAAGGCCAUAUCAUUAUAAUAUAUCACUAUCAUGCAUUAUAUAUGUUCGAAUACGGAUAAUAACACAAUAGCAACAGUGACACCAACCACUACACUAUCAAAUUGUUGUUUGUUUGAUCUAAGAGCGAUGAAAUUAUUAAAGUUCAUAAAACUUACUUUCACAAUGCCAAUUGACAAGUAUGAACCAUAAGGAAACUUGAAAUAAAUCUAUAACCCACACGCACAUGACACGACACUAUGAGUCAAAAAACAUAACCUACGCAACAAGCAAGAAUUACUAUUGGUCCUUGAGAUUACAUUGGUGAUGCUAAGAGGCUUUAUAGUCUUUUUCGUACUGGACUAGACGGGAAUAAGGUUUAUAUACGUUCUCAUUGUGGUCAUUCGAGCCCUCAAGUUUUCUAUUUUUUUGGAGAAAUCAUUUGGAUGGUUGUUUCUCCUGCUAGUGCUAGAUAUCAAGGACUUGUUAUAUAGCCUGAUUAAGAACCAAACUGCAAGAUAUUGUUUGUAAGAGCAUCUCUAAAAGACGCUCUAUAAACUUUAAAUAUGAAGUUUUUUGCUUUCCAAAAAUGAACUUCAAAACUUCAAAUGUUUUGAGGAGUGAAACUCUAUAUUUGAAGUUUUACUACUCAAAACUUCAAAUUUGAAGUUUCAUAUUUUUAUUUGCAUUUUUGUCCCUACAAUUACACAUCACAUUUAUGAUUCAUAAAUAUUUUCUUGUUUAUUGUUUAAUUUUUAAAAAAAUUAUAUCUCAUAAAUAUUUUAAGUUUUGUUUACAAAAUUUAAGCUUACACAUAAUAUUAAAUAAAACUUUAAAAUAAGAUUUAAAAUAUUUAAAACUAGAUUUAGAUGACAAAAGUAUACAAAAGAAACUUAACAAAAAUUUUUUUAAAAAACUACAUGAAGACAUAACUAUUAUACAAAUUUAAAUAUUAAAGAGAAUGACAGAAGUGUUGGGAGGUAACUUAUAAUUUGUCUUUGAUGAACUUUCUCUUCUUCUUUUUUUUUCCCAGCAGUUUUCUCUGUUUAUUCAGGUUUUUAUUUGAUAACAUAUAUAUAUGAGGAUUUUAGUACAUACAUUUUGUUAACCUUGUUGAGUAUUUUCUCCAUAAAAUAAAAUUUAUAAUAA